AAAAAAGAAAAAAAACACACUGUGCAUUCUUCUUGUUUGAUUUUACUUUAGAAUGAUGUAUGCAUGAAAAGCAUAUGACGUUUAAUCUCUAGCUUGAAUUGUGUUGGUGUGAUUCAAAGUGUCAACAAUUUGUAUCAGAGCAUCAUGUUCUAUGAUUUAAAGUAUGUCAGGAGAAGGCAACAGCAGCACAACUGAAGGAGAUGUGAGUUCCAUAACACUCAAGUAUCUCAUGCUGACUAAAAGUAACUAUGCUGCAUGGGCCAUAAAAAUGGAAGUUUUUAUGGUAGCACAAGGAGUGCGGGAUGCCAUUGAAGCUGAAGGACCUGUAGAUAAUCGAAGGGACAAAAUGGCGUUGGCCGCUAUCUAUCAAGGCAUUGGAGAAGAUGUUUUACUUCAAUUGGGUGCAAAGAAAACUGCAAAAGAGGUUUGGAAUAUGCUGAAGAACAUGAAUCUUGGAGCAGACAAGGUUAAGGAGGUAAGAACACAAACCUUAUGGAGAGAGUUUGAAUCUCUAAGGAUGGGAGAGUCAGAAACAGUUGAUGAUUUCUCAGGAAAAUUCACUACAAUUGUAACUAAGCUAAGGGGCUUGGGAAACACUGUAGAGGAGGUUAAGGUGGUAAAGAAGCUUCUGAGAUCUACAUCUCCAAAGUUUCUUCAAAUAGCCUCAACUAUUGAGGAGUUUGGAGAUCUAAACACUAAGACAGUUGAUGAAAUUGUUGGUUCACUCAAGGCACAUGAAGAAAGAUUGGUUGGUUUUGGAAAUAAUCAUGAUGAAUCUGUUCUUCUGACUAAAGCAGAAUGGAA